GGAGUUCGGUCGGCGGGACCUGUCACCGCCUCCCCUGCGCCCCUCCCCGGGCGGUGUCCAGGGAGCCGUGGAAGAGGAAGGAGCGGCUGGAGCGGAGCGGGAGGCGGCGGCCGCGGCUCCUGCGCAGACGGCGGGGCCGGCGAGCAGCGGGGAGCGCCGGGGAGAAUGCAUAAGCUUAAAUCAUCUCAGAAGGACAAGGUCCGCCAGUUUAUGGCAUUUACUCAGGCUGGCGAAAGAACUGCCAUCUACUGCUUAACACAGAAUGAGUGGAAACUAGACGUGGCCACCGACAACUUCUUCCAAAACCCGGACUCAUUCCACAAGGAAUCCAUGAAAAACACAGUGGACAAGAAGAAGCUGGAGCAGCUGUAUAACAGGUACAAAGACCCACAAGAUGAAAAUAAAAUUGGAAUUGAUGGGAUUCAACAGUUUUGUGAUGAUUUAAGCCUAGAUCCUGCCAGUAUCAGCGUUUUGGUUAUAGCAUGGAAAUUCAGGGCAGCAACUCAAUGUGAAUUUAGCAAAAAGGAAUUUGUAGAUGGCAUGACCGAGCUUGGGUGUGACAGCACAGAAAAGCUGAAAGCUCUCCUACCAAGAUUGGAGCAAGAGCUUAAGGACACAGUGAAGUUUAAGGAUUUCUAUCAGUUUACUUUUACCUUUGCUAAGAACCCUGGGCAAAAAGGUUUAGGUUUACCUCCAUUUCUCAGUGUGAGACUUUUCAUCAUUAAGAUGAAUUUAGAAAUGGCUGUUGCGUAUUGGAAUUUAGUAUUAUCUGGAAGGUUUAAGUUUUUAGAUCUGUGGAACACCUUUUUAUUGGAACAUCACAAAAGGUCAAUCCCAAGGGACACUUGGAAUCUG